AUGAGUGGACAAGUGGUUCCAGCUUCGAAGCGGAACAGUUUGGUUCAGAAACGUAAUACUUCGACUCUGAAGAAAUCGUCUAACCAAUCGGAAAAUGGAACCACCGCUACAACCAACGGAGCCCUUACAAAGCCCUCAUCGCCGGGUCAAUCGUCUGCUGGCGGGGAAAGAACGGUGAAGAAGCUGAGGUUAUCCAAAGCCCUCACGAUUCCGGAGGGGACCACCAUCUCCGAUGCUUGUCGGAGGAUGGCAGCCCGGCGUGUUGACGCUGUUCUUUUGACUGAUGCUAAUGCUUUGCUUUCUGGCAUUGUCACUGACAAGGAUAUUGCAACUAGAGUUAUAGCAGAGGAGUUGAGGCCAGAGCAGACGACAGUUUCGAAAGUUAUGACUAGAAACCCCAUAUUCGUCACUUCAGAUUCGUUGGCAAUUGAGGCUCUUCAGAAGAUGGUUCAGGGAAAAUUUCGGCACCUCCCUGUAGUUGAGAAUGGUGAAGUUAUUGCCUUGUUGGAUAUCACAAAGUGCCUUUAUGAUGCUAUAUCGAGAAUGGAGAAGGCUGCAGAACAGGGUAGUGCCAUUGCGGCAGCUGUUGAAGGGGUGGAACGCCAGUGGGGAAGCAAUUUCUCUGCUCCUUCUGCUUUCAUAGAAACACUUAGGGAGCGAAUGUUCAAGCCCUCUUUGUUGAGUAUUAUAUCAGAAAAUGCCAAGGUUGCAACAGUAUCACCAUCAGAUCCUGUUCAUGUUGCUGCUAAAAAGAUGCGGGACUUGCGAGUCAAUUCUGUGAUUAUUAUGAUAGGAAACAAGAUACAGGGGAUACUGACUUCAAAAGAUAUCCUUAUGCGGGUUGUGGCACAUAAUCUUUGUUCUGAGUUGACUCUGGUGGAAAAGGUUCUUUCAGCUCCUACGACUUUGUUCCCAUUGUAG